AAGUUUGAAUGCAGACGACAUGCUUGUCUCACUUGUCUGUCAAACUCCUUGUUUUCUUUUAUUUAAAUUAUUUACAUUAGGCUAUAUAAUUUUGUCUUCGAAACUAAAGCUGUACCGUACUAAUAUUUUGUUUUCAAAUCGAAUCAAGCUCGUGAAAUUACAUCUUGAUUCAUAUAUAUUAGAUUUUCCUUUAGCAAAAUAAACUUGAGCUUCGUAAUGAUCAAGUUAUUGAAGCAUCGUUGAUUGUAUUACUGUAUUUACUCUGAUUUUCUAUAGUUUGAGUGAUUACGAAAUCAUUACAGAUGUCAAGGCUGAGAGAAUGUUUAGACGAAGAAAGCAGCUUAUAAGUUUCAUGAAACUUUGCAACGUAGGAAUUCCAAAUAGUUAUUCAGCGGUCAAUGUACGGGUCCAUGAAUGUCUGGUGAAUGUGUGUCUUUAAAAGGCUGAGAUGCUUUUGACUGAUGGCGUUCCUCAAAGCCAAGCUUCUUGGGGUUUGUGGUCCCUGUCCCAUCUGGAUGUGUAGAGCUCAACCACCAAGCUUAGAUUCAAAUUGAAGAAACAGCUUUGAGAUAUUUGUACAUCAAGAAUGUCUAAAGAAUUAACAAGCAUCCAUUCUCAUGGAGUGGAAGAUAUUCAUGAGAUCCCUAUGAGUGUUAUAAUAAGGCCUCUGUCACCACAAGUGGAUAAUGACAAGGUUGAAAGUAUUAUGAAAACUUUACAGAAUGCAGAGGAGAGCAGCAGAGUGCCUCCUAUUGAUGUUUUAUGGAUCAAAGGACGGGAAGGAGGGGACUACUACUACUCGUUUGGAGGCUGCCAUCGCUACGAGGCUCACAAGAGGUUGAACAGACCAACUAUUCAAGCAAAGCUUGUCAAAUCGACCGUCAUGGAUCUCAGGCAUUACCUAGGUGGAUCCACGCCUGAUUUGAAAUGACAUUCUAUACAGAAACUACCUAUAAUAAUGAAUUGAUUAAUUUUUCAGAGGUAAACUUUAUUUAUUAUGGACUUGUAUGUUAAGGUGUAGCUGAGUAUUGAAUACUGUUCUGGCCAGAGAACUCAAAUUGUAGUGCCAGAAUGCCAGACUGUAUCUCUGCCAAUAGCAGGCUUGUGUUUGCAUCGGCGCAGACCGUCCUGCUUGCUUGGCAUUGUGGAUUUUUUUGAAAGUCUUCUGUCUUGUCUCGUGGGCCCAUUGUCUUGCAAGACAAAAUUGUGUUUCUCUGUUAUGUAAUUUUCGAUCGGAAAUUUCUUGUAAAUUGUUUGAGUGUCGUGUGUGUGAAUUAUGAAUAUAACAGCGUAAAUAGUA